GCCAACGAACUGUCACUACUGACAGUUCGUGUUGUGAAAAAUGAUAUUGUGGUUGAAUUUUAUAUUGUUUUUAUAAGUAAUAUUAUAAAUUUUACUGUACUGGUAUAUUUAAUAAAAGGAUAGGCCUUAGUUAUGGAAUUUUUAAAAGUUGAAAUACAGGACAAUUUUGUUAAAUGUAACCCAGGAUGUGUAGAGAGUCACUUCUCUACAUCAACAGAUCUUGGAGUUUUGAAGAAUGAACCAGCUGAAGAUAACUCAGCUAUAGAACUAAAAACUGAAAUCAAGAAUGAGCCCAUUGAGGGCGACCAACAAUUUAUAGAGAGGCAGCUAUCCAGGUCCCUAGAUCUGGAAGACUUUAAGAAUGAAGCAGAGGAAGACUCAGAUUUUUUCCCAAAGAACCGAGUGGAAAUUGUGAAUACUUUACCUGGAAAUCCAUAUAAUAAAAAUCAACGAUUCAGUCUAAAGUAUGAAGAAGCAACAGUAAACGAUUCUGCUUAUGCUACAGAUUUCCCUAGCAUAAAUAAUUUAAAUAAAAAUACAAUCAUUCAGACUGAAGAAGGGCUUUACAAAUGUGAAAUUUGCCUUAAGCAAUUUUCUCAGAAAAGUAAUUUUACAAAUCAUUUUAGAGUGCACACUGGAGAGAAGCCUUAUAAGUGUGAAAUUUGUUUUAAGCAGUUUUCUCAGAAAGGUCAUUUGAAACCACAUAUGAGAUUGCACACUGGAGAGAAGCCUUAUAAGUGUGACAUUUGUUUAAAGCAAUUUAGUCGAGUAAAUAUCUUAAAGGAUCAUAGGAAAGUUCACACUGGAGAAAAGCCGUACAAGUGUGAAAUUUGUUUCGAUGAGUUUGCUUACAAAUGUAAUUUCAAAAAACAUUUGAUGUUACACAAUGGAGAAAAAAGUGCGAAGAAAAAGAAGUGUGAAAUUUGUUUAAAGCAGUUUAGUGCAUCAAGUCUUUUGAAAAGACAUAUGAGAGUGCACACUGGGGAAAAACCUCACGAGUGUGAAAUUUGUUUUAAGCAGUUUAGUGAAGCAGGUAAUUUGAAAACACAUUUGAGAGUGCACACCGGAGAAAGGCCUUACCAGUGUGAAAUAUGUUUGAAGCAUUUUGGCGUAGCAGGUCAUUUGGAAAGGCAUAGGAGAGUACAUACUGGAGAAACACCUUAUGAGUGUGAAAUUUGUUUUAAGCAGUAUACUAGAGCAAGCCAUUUAAAAACACAUUUGAGAGUGCACACUGGGGACAAACCUUACCAGUGUGAAAUUUGUUUUAAGCAGUUUGCUACAGCAAGUCAUUUAAAAUCACAUUUUAGGAUGCACAGUGGGGAAAAACCUUACAAGUGUGAAAUUUGUUUGAAGCAGUUUUCUCAACCAGCUACCUUGAAACACCAUAUUAGAUUACAUACAGCAGAAAAGGCUUUUAAGUGUGAAAUUUGUUUUAAGGAAUUUCGUGCAGCAGGAAAUUUGAAGAUUCAUUUAAGACUACACUCUGGAGAAAAGCCGUACAAUUGUGAAGUUUGUUUUAAGCAGUUUAGUACAGCACAACAUCUGAAAAGACAUAGGAGAGUGCACACUGGGGAAAAACCUUACGAGUGUGAAAUUUGUUUUAAGCAGUUUAGUGAAGCAGGUAAUUUGAAAACACAUUUGAGAGUGCACACUGGAGAAAAGCCUUACAAGUGUGAAAUUUGUUUUAAGCAAUUUAUGGAAGCAAGUAAUUUGAAAACACAUUUGAAAGUACACUCUGGAGAAACACCUUACGAGUGUGAAAUUUGUUUUAAGCAGUUUAGCAAAGCAGGUAAUUUAAAAGGACAUUUGAGAGUGCACAGUCGGGAAAAACCUUAUAAGUGUGACAUUUGUUUUAAGCAAUUUUCUCACACAUGUAAUUUGAAAAGACAUUUGAUCUUACACAAUGGAGAAAAACUUGAAAAAAGCGAAGAAAAAAAAGUGUGAUUUUUUUUUAUUUACAUAAAGCCGCAUCAACCAUGGAAAGUUAUUAGCGGAUGUUGAACAAUUACAAUAUAAUUAUUACAUUUUAUAAAAUAAAUUUAUAUCCUUAAGAUAAUUAA